AUGGCGGCUAAACUUGGAAAUUGCCGAAAAUUAGCCAUCCAGUACCAUCACCGUCGUUUAGAAAUUGCUAAAAAAGUAGGAGACAAGGCCGGAGAGGGAGGAAGUUAUUGCAAUCUCGGCAACGCUUAUCAAAGUCUAGGACAGUUAAAAACAGCCAUCCAGUACCAUCAACGUGAUCUAGAAAUUGCUAAAGAAGUGGGAGACAAGGCCGGAGAGGGAGGAAGUUAUUGCAAUCUCGGCAACGCUUAUCAAGGUCUAGGACUGUUCAAAACAGCCAUCCAGUACCAUCAACGUGAUCUAGAAAUUGCAAAAGAAGUGGGAGACAAGGCCGGAGAGGGAAGAAGUUAUGGCAAUCUCGGCAACGCUUAUCAAGGUCUAGGACAGUUCAAAACAGCCAUCCAGUACCAUCAACAUCAUCUAGAAAUUGCUAAAGAAGUGGAAGACAAGGCCGGAGAGGGAAGAAGUUAUGGCAAUCUCGGCGUUGCUUAUGAAAGUCUAGGACAGUUCAAAACAGCCAUCCAGUACCAUCAACGUCAUCUAGAAAUUGCAAAAGAAGUGGGAGACAAGGCCGGAGAGGGAAAAAGUUAUGGCAAUCUCGGCAACGCUUAUCAAGGUCUAGGACAGUUCAAAACAGCCAUCCAGUACCAUCAACGUGAUCUAGAAAUUGCUAAAGAAGUGGGAGACAAGGCCAGAGAGGGAGGAAGUUAUUGCGGUCUCGGCAACGCUUAUCAAGGUCUAGGACAGUUCAAAACAGCCAUCCAGUACCAUCAACGUGAUCUAGAAAUUGCUAAAGAAGUGGGAGACAAGGCCGGAGAGGGAGGAAGUUAUGGCAAUCUCGGCAACGCUUAUCAAGGUCUAGGACAGUUCACAACAGCCAUCCAGUACCAUCAACGUCAUCUAGAAAUUGCUAAAGAAGUGGGAGACAAGGCCGGAGAGGGAAGAAGUUAUGGCGGUCUCGGCAACGCUUAUCAAGGUCUAGGACAGUUCAAAACAGCCAUCCAGUACCAUCAACGUGAUCUAGAAAUUGCUAAAGAAGUGGGAGACAAGGCCGGAGAGGGAGGAAGUUAUUGCGGUCUCGGCAACGCUUAUCAAGGUCUAGGACAGUUCAAAACAGCCAUCCAGUACCAUCAACGUGAUCUAGAAAUUGCUAAAGAAGUGGGAGACAAGGCCGGAGAGGGAGGAAGCUAUUGCAAUCUCGGCAACGGUUAUCAAGGUCUAGGACAGUUCAAAACAGCCAUCCAGUACCAUCAACGUCAUCUAGAAAUUGCUAAAGAAGUGGGAGACAAGGCCGGAGAGGGAAGAAGUUAUGGCAAUCUCGGCAACGCUUAUGAAGGUCUAGCACAGUUCAAAACAGCCAUCCAGUACCAUCAACGUCAUCUAGAAAUUGCUAAAGAAGUGGGAGACAAGGCCGGAGAGGGAAGAAGUUAUGGCAAUCUCGGCAACGCUUAUGGCAGUCUAGGAGAGGUCAAAACAGCCAUCCAGUACCAUCAACGUCAUCUAGAAAUUGCUAAAGAAGUAGGAGAAAAGGGCAAAAGUUAUUGCAAUUUCGGUAACGCUUAUUACGGUCUAGGACACAGUUUUGAUUGUCAAGGAAAUCUUAUGAUGGCCUUUGACUGUUAUUACUCGAGUGUAGAACUGUAUGAUGAUAUCAGGGCCAGUCUUCAACUCAACGAUCAGUGGAAGAUUUGUUAUCGUAAUCAGCACCAAGUAGCCUACAAAGGUUUGUGGCGUAUAAAUCUCAAUCGAGGUCAAGUUGUGAAGGCUCUUCUUGCCACAGAGAAAGGACGUGCUCAAGCUCUGAGAGAUCUCAUGGUCACAAAAUAUCAGCCUGGCGAUUCUUUGACGCCCAGCGCAUUCCGCACUUCUCUGAGGUGGGUUCCAUUGAGCACAGUUUUCAUAGCUAUUAAUGGACCAUGUGUUUACUUCUGGGUUUGCCUCAGUGAAGAUAACAUCCAGAUGAGAGAAGUGCACGUGAACAAAUACAAGUACGAGGAUGAAUUGAAAUUUUUCAUCCAGCUACUGACCAAAACUGCUCUUAAGGAGAUCGGUACAAGAGGUACUGUUACCAUCGAAAAUCCUCCGCUUGACUCGCCGACAGAUGAUGAAGUGGCCAAUGACGUGAUCCGAGUUGAUGUGAGGCACUCCCAAUCCAGUGCUUUAAAGAAGCUGCAUGACAUCAUCGUUACUCCUAUUGCUGACCUGAUCGAAGGCAACGACGAGAUCACAUUCGUUCCUGAGGGGCCAUUUUGCCUUGUACCUUAUGCAGCGUUGCUGGACUCCAACUCAUCAUAUCUAAGUGAUUCUUUCAAAAUUCGUGUGCUUCCCUCUCUGACGACAUUGCAACUAAUUCAUGAUUGUCCAGCUGACUUUCACAUGAAGACUGGUGCAUUGCUUGUCGGCGACCCAUGUUUCAAACAUAUCAUCUAUGAGGGAGGACUUUUGGUGCAACUUCCAGGAGCAAGGAAAGAAGUGGAGAUGAUUGGACGUAUCCUCAAUGUCUCCCCUCUCACUGGAGAAAUGGCAACAAAAGAUGAAGUGUUAAAACGAAUAUCAUCAGUGGCCUUAGUUCACAUAGCAGCGCACGGUAAGAUGGAAACUGGAGAAGUUAUCCUGGCACCAAACACCACAAGAGAUAACCCUCAGCCGCAAGAGAAAGACUAUCUACUGACGAUGAAAGAUGUCAUAGAAGCUGGGUUGCGAGCACGUCUGGUUGUACUUAGCUGCUGUCACACUGCUCGUGGGGAGGUGAUGGCCGAGGGUGUGGUCGGCAUGGCCCGUGCACUUUUGGGUGCCGGUGCCAGAUCUGUUGUGGUAACCUUGUGGGCGAUUGGCGACGAGGGAACCCUGGAGUUCAUGAGUUUCUUCUACUAUGCACUUGCCAAAGGCAAGAAGGCAAGCGAAGCUCUCAAUCAGGCCAUGAAGCGUAUGAGAGAAAUUGAAAAGUUCAAGGAGGUGAUUUACUGGGCACCAUUUGUACUCAUUGGUGACGACGUCAGCCUGGAUUUCAAGGAAAUUUAG